AGCACAAAACAUUGCCCUUACAUUACCAAAUUUGGUUCAGUCACUGUACUACAUUACCUAUAAAUAAUACUUCAAUUUAAUGGUACUUCCAUCACCAAAAGCCUGGCUAAGAACAAUAAUCUUCCCUUCAAAACACCAAAUGGCUACUCAAAACACCAAAUCCCUCUUCUUGUCAGCUCUUAUACUUCUUUUUAGCGCCGUUUUCGGCUCUCAGGCAGCACUAGAUGCUCACUACUAUGCAAAAACAUGUCCACAAGCUGAGUCUAUUAUAGCGCAGACGGUUCGUAAUGCUUCCAUAUAUGAUCCCAAAGUCCCUGCUCGCCUUCUUCGCAUGUUUUUCCAUGACUGCUUCAUCAGGGGAUGUGAUGCAUCGAUUUUACUAGACUCGACACCAGAAAACAAAGCAGAGAAGGAUGGGCCUCCUAACAUCUCAAUUCGAGCAUUCUAUGUUAUUGACGAUGCAAAGGCCAAGCUAGAGAAAGCAUGUCCACACACAGUUUCAUGUGCAGACACAAUUGCCAUAGCUGCUAGAGAUGUAGUCACUAUGACAGGGGGACCUUUCUGGAAUGUGCUAAAAGGACGAAAAGAUGGAAGGAUAUCAAAAGCUAAUGAUACUAUCAAUCUUCCACCUCCAUUUUUGAAUGUGACACAACUAAUUCAGAGUUUUGCUAAUAGAGGAUUGGGAAUUAAGGAUCUAGUGGCUCUAUCGGGUGGCCACACACUAGGUUUCUCACAUUGUUCUUCGUUUGUAGCUCGCGUCCACAAUUUCAGCUUAGUACACGAGACUGAUCCUAGCAUGAACCCUGAAUUCGCUAGCUUGCUAAAGAAGAAAUGUCCUAGGCCAAACCAUAAUGGAAAUGCAGGACAGUUCUUGGAUCCAACUUCAGCAAAAUUCGAUAAUGAAUACUACAAACAGAUAAUCGCUGGAAAGGGUGUGUUUUUAACAGAUCAAGCCAUGUAUAAUGAUCAACGCACUAAAUCAAUGAUUGAGGCAUUCGCAAAAGAUCAAAACUUGUUCUUCGGAGAAUUUGCAGCCUCAAUGAUAAAGCUCGGAAAUGUUGGGGUUAAUGAAGUAGGAGAAGUGCGACUGAACUGCCGAAGAGUAAACUAAGUUCUGACACUGGCCGGGAUUGUGUGCAAAUAAAAAGGGACUAAGAGACAGAAGUAAGGCUUUCUUUAGAUACUCAAGAGUUGAGAGAGUAAUAAUGUACGAGUUUUAUAUUCUACACUUUGAUUAAUAUAACGCAACAUUUAUCGAA